GGACGGCUCCGACACACCCCUGUGAGGCCGGCCUCCGAAUUACGCUUGCGAUCAAAUUGAAAAAGUCGAGCAUGCACAAGCAAAAAAAGUACAUAGCGUACAUAUAGCUAUUCUUGUACCACAUUAUCACCACCAUCUACGUUAUUUGAUCCCGGAAUUAUUUUCUUAACUUCCCAAACUCUACCACACAUUUCAUCACCACAAUUCGUACCACCACCAAACUUGCCGAUCCAUUUCCACCUCAGCCGUACACCUUCUCUCUUUGCGAUUUUCAACUUUAAUCCUUUGUUAACCGCUUUGUCCCUCACGUCCGAAUCGUCGCUACUCUUUCACCUCAUCAUAUUUCGCAUUCUGCGUAAGACUUCCUCCAUUCCGACAAAUAGCGACAUCUCUAGUCAGCCUCUUCUGAGCUGCACCUCGCGCGACGACUUUCCCCUCGAUCUCACUUAGACGCAACCCUGGCGCUCCAACCUAAGGCCUUCGGCGAAGGCUCCUCAGCUGUGGCCAAAAUGGCCCAGCCUACGGUCGAGCCUGUGGAGGAUUACGAUUACGAAUCCCUACCACCGAACUUUUCGCUCGCCCAAAAUAUGACGGCCGGCGCUUUCGCGGGUAUAGCUGAACACACUGUUAUGUACCCGAUCGACGCGAUUAAGACUCGAAUGCAAAUUAUAAACCCCUCUGCAAACGCUGUCUAUAAAGGGAUGAUACAGAGCACCAUGCGCAUUGCGAGUGGAGAAGGUGUCCUGAAAUUAUGGAGAGGAAUGUCGAGUGUCGUCGUCGGUGCCGGACCUGCGCAUGCUGUCUACUUCGCGACAUAUGAAGCAGUCAAGCACGUGAUGGGCGGUAACAGGGCUGGUGUUCAUCACCCUUUAGCAGCAGCCACGAGUGGAGCUUGUGCGACAAUAGCAAGCGAUGCGCUGAUGAACCCCUUCGACGUCAUCAAACAACGCAUGCAAAUUCAAAACUCCAGCAAGAUGUAUCGAUCGAUGACCGAUUGCGCUCGAUAUGUCUACAAAACGGAAGGUCUCUCGGCGUUUUACGUCUCUUACCCCACCACCCUAUCCAUGACCGUACCGUUCACCGCUUUACAAUUCCUUGCAUACGAAUCCCUCUCUACGACCAUGAACCCGAGCAAGAAAUACGACCCUUUUACACAUUGCAUGGCAGGCGCCGUUGCCGGUGGGUUUGCUGCCGCAUUGACGACACCAAUGGAUGUGAUUAAGACGAUGCUGCAGACUCGUGGCACUGCAACGGACCCAGAGCUUAGAUCGGUCAAUGGUUUCAUAGCAGGGUGCAAGCUCAUGUACCGACGGGAGGGAGUGCGUGGAUUUUUUAAAGGGGUUCGGCCGAGGGUGGUGACCACAAUGCCGAGCACAGCCAUUUGCUGGUCGGCCUACGAGGCUUCAAAGGCGUAUUUCAUUCGCACCAACACAGCAGCAUCAUGAUGGAAUAGGUAGGGGACAAGCAUUGAGUCCCAGUGCUGUUUUUCGAAGGUAUCCACGAAGAACUCCACUAAUCGGCCCCCUUUGUUGCCGAUCCUCCCGGGCGUCAGCAUAUCUCCGAGCCUACAGAUGACCGAGCCCGAGCGCC